CGGUGCCGCCGUUGCUGCUCGUCGUCUCUCCGCGCGCGCCAGUUUCGUGAUAACGCGACCGACGACCACCACCGACGCCGCCGCCGCCGCCGCCGCGGCACAAGUUACCGCCGCCGGCUGUGCUCAGUACGCGUCUGAUAUCCGUGCCCGGUGCAACCGCACAUCCGUUCCGUGUUCCCCGCACGUGACCACGCGUUCGCAUGACAGCUACGACCGCGGUAUUAUUAUGGUAACGAUCGCACGUGCGAACAAGUCGCCGCGUUUUACCGUCUAGGCGAUUUCGUCCGAGAGAGAGACUGCUGCCGGAAAAAUAUUAUAAAACACAAACGUUUAAAACAGUACUGUUACACGUAGUCGAUUAGCGCCGCCGCACACGUAUCGGAUAUUCUCUACCCGACUUCUCGUCGAAGAGUACGGGUUUUUUUUUUUUUUUCAUUUUUCGUUCCUCCCCCCCCGAUCGUCGCGGUUUCCCUACGGGAAAAUCCCGAAACGGCGACACGCUGCAGCCGUUAUCGCCACCCACGUCGCCUUCACCGCCUUCGCCGUUUCAACGUAACAGUUCACGUGCCAAGAUGGAACAUUCGCCAUACUCGCAGAGUCCAAGCCCAUCAUCAUCCUUGAUAAACUUUCCAACACCUACAAACUUACCAGAUAUUAGAUUACACAGACCAUUUAGUCAGAUGCACGACCUCAAGCACCUACACCUACCGUUCCAGGGCACCAACUUCGGGUUCCGGUUCAUGGAGAACUAUUCCGCUCUGCCCGCGCACCUCUUGCACCACUUGCAGCCACAGUUCUUGCACCCCGCGCUGGACCCGCGGAUAUCCUUUUCACAGGCUGGUGUGUUCCAGCCUCUGGGUUCGUCGAGUCCACACCACCCUCACCACGCGGCUGCGGUGGCCGCGGCCGGCAUGAAGGGUUUUGCGUCCGCAUUCGCGCCUCCGUCGAAGUGCUAUAAGAUGGACGACAAAUCGGCGUCGCAUGCCGAAGGAGCCGCGCAACAGUCGCAGCAACAACAGCAGCAGCAACAACAACAACAACAACAACAACAACAACAACAUCAGCAACAGCCAACGCUUGGCUUGCAGCAACAGCAUCAUCAGCAGCAGCAACAGCACCACCAACAGCAACAGCAACCGAUGCCGCCAUCGUUCCCGUAUCCGCCCAGGAGAAGUCCUUGUUCGCCGGCCAAUAUGUCCGUGUCACCGCCAUCUUCGGUGGUGGCCGCUGCGGCCGCGGCCAUGCACCAGCAUAACAACAAGGACGAGUGCUCCGAUAGGGACACGCCGAGCUCUGGAGCCGUGUCCGAGGACGGCAGGACGAUUAGAAGGAAGAAACCGUCGCCGCCGGCCAACACGUCCGUGGUGGCCAACGGUGGCCCGGCCCCGACGACCAACAACAACAACAACAACAAUAACAACAAUAAUAACAACAACGGAUCCAUCAAACAGCAGCAGCAACAGACUUCGGCCGCGAGCCAGCAACAGCAGCAGCAGCAGUCGGCGGCGUCCGCGGGAUGUUGUCCAGUGUGCGGCACCGCGCUCCGCACGGCCCACGAGCUCGAGUCGCAUUUCGUGUGGGAACUGGAACGGCUGUACAAGCAAGCGGCCGCGGCCGGUCGACGGCACAGGAGGGGCACGCCGGACAAGCCUGGCGACGGUCACCUUCAUCACAGUCUUAUGGGCUGCGGUCGGGACGGGACCGGCCGCUUGUCGCCGAUCGCCGGCGGCAGUGGCAGGGACGGCUCGUUGCACGGCCGAUGGGAGACUUAUCAAAAAGUAAAGGCUAACAGACACAACCGAUUGCGAAUUAAAAACCGGAAACGAAAACCUGAUGAAAUGCUGCUGACGCCAACGCCGACAACGUGCUGCUGCCCUGUUUGCAACGAGCCCGUAGCCGCGGCAUCUCAGGAACAGAUGAACGCGCAUGUGGAAAUGUGUCUCAGAAACAAGGGUCACCCGGCCACGGUGACAGUGACAUCUGUGGGAAACGACGACGAAGACGAAAACAUUGAUGUGGAAGGUGACACCGAGACGACUAUGUAUGAUAUUGUCUACGGGGGCGGCAGCAGCGGAUGGCAGCAACACAACAGGAUGAGACAACAGCCGAUGAUUCUGCACGGCAGCGCGUUCAACAGAGGUGGUGGACCAGUGCCGAUGGCGAUCAACUGCAGUACCAGUAACGCGCCACCGCCAAGACAGUCGGCCGGAGACGAUUCGACCGGAGCCGAUGAAGCAGUGCUGGUGGUUGACGAUAGCGAUGGCCCCAGCGGUUUGUACAACAAGUACGGCCCCAACCAGUACGCCGAACGAGACAUUAUCGUCCCGUCACGUCCUCCUACCGCUUCUUCGGAGAGCCGUCGACUUACACCAGCCGAGCAAAACGAUUCGAGCGCGAUGGACACAAUGGACGCGAGCGAAAACGUCGGACCGUUGGACGUGUCGAUAAAAAAAGAAAACACGCAGGAAGAGGGGACUAUCAAGCCCAAAAUGGACAUUGAAAAGUACUGCGGUCAGUUCAACAACAACGGUCAAGUCGUCGAAGCGCUUAAGGCCCGGAUUCGAGAACUGGAGUUGGUAUCCAAAACCGGCUGCGACAAGUUCACGUGUCUUUUGUGCAAAGGAAAUUUCAAAGAUCCCGUCGUGUCGACCUCGUGCUGGCACGUGUACUGCGAAGUCUGUUGGCUUCAGAUACUGGGUGCUAAAAAAUUGUGUCCGCAAUGUUACGUGAUAACGCUGCCGUCACAUCUGCGUCGAGUUUACUUGUAGAGCGGCAAUGAAACUCGGACGCGUAUCCACGGCCGGCGGACGACGACUCCACACGGAUAACGGCCAGGAACGUGUACUCGGUGCAUGCACAUCGUCUCGCGCACAAUGACCGCCGAAGUCGUCGAACGUUUAUUUGUAAAUUUGUUUUUCCUCUCAUCGGUUCGUUGUGUGUUUUUUCCUACUCCAUCUCCCGUCCCUCCGAUUUAACUUCCAAUUUAUUGUACAUAACACAUUAUUAUUAUUAUUAUUAUUAUUAUAAUUAUUAUCAAUACAACUGUCUGUAUGAUAUGCACAUAAAAAAAUAUAUUAUUAUAAGCGUACGGGCUGCCGACGGUUUACUUGCCAUCGUCGGUUUGCGUUGUCGUUGCACGGACAUUGUGUAUACCCGCCAAAUGUAUCGUUAACUUCUCUACGCACAUCAGUGCAGGUUCGUGUCGCCGAAAACGCUCUGUACGCAUGACGUGCCGUAUCCGCGGCGACGACUUGUGAUCUAGCAACCUUGUGGACGGCCCCGACACAUCGGAGCCCACCCUGGCGUCGACGAGGAAGUCGAACGUUCCCGAAGAUCUCUCGACCGUUUAAAAAUGUUGACCUUUCCGAGGGCCAAUGAUUUACUGCAGUGUGGAGUAAGGUGUAAGAGUGCCGUUAAGUAUUCAACACUGUAUCGGUCCUUGUGUGUUUUGAUCCGAUUGCCGAUGUUUAAUCGGAUGUAUAUUUGAAAUGUCCGCGUUCGACAUGAUCGUACUGCGAUCGUAAUUCCCGUUCGGGGACGUCCAACUGAUGCUUGUGCAGAACGUACGCCCGACGAACAAUUGUGGUGGUGGUAUAACGUUUGUUACCCUCACUUUUACACGGUUUCUUGGGUGGGUGUCCGGGCUAGAUGUUUGAUUUUCACUCCAAAACUUCACUGGUGUAUUUGGCACCACUGCUCCUGCUCCUUUUAUUUCUGAAACGCUAUAAAAUACCAAUAUACGAUGAUCAAUCGUUUUACGCUGUCCGCACCGAACACGUUUUGCACGAAACGAGUCAAUCCCGAUAUGAUAUUUAAAACAGGACCAAGAGGUUCAUAAUGCAUUUUUCAAAAAACAGCCGACGCCUUCUCGACCCUGGUUCGCGCUAUGCGUCUACGGCCAGGGCAAACGGUGGUAUAGCCCAUUACAGAAUAUAAUAUUGUUUUCGAUCCUAGUCCUUAACGACAGAAACAAAUAGUGUUACUCGUUAUUCUUUAUUACGAUUACCUUCAAUCCGUUUUCCAAACCGGGAAUUUGCUUUAAUAAUUACAUUGUCCAUCCCCCGCCCCACAUCCCAUCGACCAAUGCAAUUCGAUUUAUACUCAACGACGCGUAGAUAAUAUUGUACGCUAUACAGAUUAACGAAGAUAUUUCGUGCACGUGUAAAUUUUUUUUUUUUUAUUUGGCUAAAGUGUUACAUAAUUAAUAUGUUAUAUCAUAAUAUAGUACAUGUUAUUAUAAUAUUGUACAUAUCAUUGGAAAAAGUAGAUUUAACAGUAGGUGUACCGCUUUGUCGUUUGGUGUUAAAAAAAAAAAAAAACCUCAUGUGCUAUAUAAUAUGACCGCAGCGCGAAUAUUUAUUAAUCUUACUAGGAAUUCGUAGCAUAGGUAAAUAAAAAAA